UUUUACCUAAUUUUUGCACACAAUUUCUGAUUUCAAUUCACACUUUUUCGCCCGUCUCAAUUUCUCGCUUCACCUCUGCAACAAAUGUGUUUUCACGCAUUUGCGUAGCGUUUCAAUCUCCGAUUUUUAUUAUUUUUUUUAAAUAAAGAAUUUGGGUGAUAACUGCGGCAGCACAGAAAGGGGGAAUUUUGCCUCGGCGUUUUUCCAUUUCUCCUGAGAAUUCUUGGAGUUGAGCUGGAAUUUUGUUUUCUCGAUCGGGUUUCGGUAAUUGAGAUUAAGCAUCUUGAAGGGAACCCUGCAAUUGGCUAGUUAAAAUUGUCCAACAAGAAACGAUUUGACAGUGUGGACAGCACAACAGAUGUCUGGACUCAUCGAAGGUCUUCCCGAUGCUGUGGCCUUAAGGUGCCUUGCGCGGGUUCCUUUUCAUCUUCAUCCCAUGCUCAAAUUCGUUUCACGUUCCUGGAGGGAAGCCAUUCGCAGUGCCGAACUCUUCAGAGUCCGUAGAGAGGUAAAUGCAACUGAGGACUUCAUAUGUGUGUGUGCAUACGAUCCUGACAAUCUAUGGCAACUUUAUGAUCCUCAACAUGACCUCUGGAUCACUCUCCCUGUGCUUCCCUCAAGUAUCCGCCACCUUGCACACUUUGGCGUUGUCUCAGCUGCAGGAAAGUUGUUCGUGCUUGGUGGUGGUAGUGAUGCCGUAGAUCCUUUAACUGGUGACCAAGAUGGGUGUUUUGCAACCGAUGAGGUUUGGUCGUACGACCCACUGACAAGGGAAUGGAGCCUACGCGCGUCCAUGAUUGUCCCUCGUGCCAUGUUUGCUUGCUGCGUGCUGGAUGAGAAGAUAAUUGUUGCAGGUGGUUUUACUAACUGCAGGAAAUCGAUCACUAAAGCCGAGAUAUACGACCCAGAAAAGGAUACAUGGCUUUCGAUACCCGAUCUCCACCAAUCCCAUAACUCUGCGUGUUCGGGGGUGGUUAUUGACGGUAAAGUUCAUAUCUUGCACAAGGGUUUAUCAACUGUGCAAGUGUUGGAAAACAUCAAGCAGGGGUGGACUGUUCAUGACUUCAGCUGGCUACAAGGUCCCAUGGCAGUUGUGAAAGGGAAGCUCUAUAUAAUGAGCCACUCCCAAAUUUUCAAGCAGGAGAGAUAUUCAUAUAAGCUGAUCGUUUCGGCAUACGAGUUCCGCCGGAGGAUCGGCUAUGCGAUGAUAGGGUUGGGGGACGACAUUUACGUCAUCGGGGGUGUGAUCGGGCCGGAUAGGAUGAACUGCGAGAUCAAGGUAACGUCCGACGUGGACGUGCUGACGCUUGGGAACGAGCGGUUGGUGUGGCGCGGGGUGGCCCCGAUGACGCGUUGCAAGGGGACGGUUCUUGGGUGCACACACCUUAGGAUUUAGGGGCAGUGAUGGAAGAGAGGGAAGACAUGUUUUGAUUUGCCUGUAACGUUGGGUGUUUGGACAUACUUUUUUGGGUUGUCCAAUACUUGUUGAAUAUGAGGCAUUGCCAUUACAUUACUUGCUUUUCUAGGUUAGUUUUAAGAUACAUUUGACAUCAAUGGAUUUCUAUUCAUUCA